AGAAUGAGCAGUAUAAUGAGACCCACAUCAUCAUCAGGUGUGGAGAGUUUUCCUGCGUUCGGGGUGGUUCUACUGCUCAUUCUACUGCUCAUUCUACUGCCAGAAGAAUGAGGAGUAGAAUGCAAGUAGAAUGAGCAGUAGAAUGUGAACUAUAUACGAUCCACGGCCUCCUGUCAGUUUUGAUCUCUGUUCCCUAUGGAUAAACGAUAAACAUGCUGAGCAAGGACCCACCUGAGACAUCCAAGGACUCCCCUCCUGGC